CCAUGGCCACUCGACAAGGCGCGGCGGCGCACACGCCCAGGCCCGGCCCCCCUGCCGCCGCGGAGAAGCCCUCUACGCCGUCCGGGCACCACGCAGGCGGCGGCGGCGAGCUGUGGUCUGAGAUCUUGGCCAGCGGCGGGGGCGGGGGCGGGGGCGGAGGCGCGGGCCACAUCGGAGUGGUGUACGCGCGGCGGCGGGCGCGGGAGGCGUCGAGACGGAGGGACGUGGAUGCAAGAAGCGUUGCGGCUGGCGACUGCGAGAACAGGCCGAGCUUUGCGCCGAGCAAGAGGACUAGCUGGAACCGAUCGCUCUCCAUAAGAGGACGGGAAAGUAUAUUUUUUGCUCCUGGAACAAAACUUCAACCUCAACAGAAUCCUUGCAGAGCACAGAAACGACCACCAAAACCGGGUAACCGAGUGAAGAGAACUUUGGGGGGGGCUCCCGACUUAAGGAAAGAAAAGACAUAUUUUGAAGAAGUUGAUGUUUUUGAACUGAUGGAGGAAAGCCCUUCACCCAAGAACUUCAGCACAUGGACGAGAGAAAUGGAGCAGAACUACGUUGUGCAUGAUCUGUCUGCAAUAUUGGAGAGGUGGAAAAUCUCAAAGAUUGCAAAUUUUGUGGCAUCAAAGCCCUUGUUUGAUAUCAUCGAGACCCCACUUCUACCAUCAGUCCAAAGCAACUUUACUCUUAAUGACAGUUAUAGAACCCCUGAAAAGGACAGGGGGUCAAGAACAAAUCCUACGAGAAGAACAAUCCCUUCAGAGUUCACCGGUAAUAGUUUAAAGACCAUUGUGAGCGAAACCAGCAUCAUUUCAUCCUUUAGGGAGCUUAACAUCAAGGAAGAAACCAAUGAUGCAAACAUUUCAUCAUUGAGUGCCGAAGCAAUGACUGCCUUUGCUCAACUACUCCUGGUUUGCAGUCAAUCUGCACCUGUAACCCUGGCCGAAGCUUUUUCCACUUACUGUACACCAGGCAGCAUUGUGAAGCUUGGUGAAGGAACAUUCGGCGAGGCCUUCAGAGCUGGUAGUACUGUCUGUAAAGUGGUUCCCUUUGAUGGGACAUCACUAGUUAAUGGAGAGACACAAAAGAAAGCGGAAGAAGUUCUUGAGGAAGUUUUGCUUUGUCUAACACUUAAUAAUCUGAGAGCAGACAGGGGUGAUAAUGUGAAAGAAAAUUCAUGCCAUGGUUUUAUUGAGACAAAAGAUUUUUGGGUUUGUCAAGGUCCAUAUGACCCUUCACUUAUUUGUGCUUGGGAAGAUUGGGAUGCCAAAUGGGAAUCGGAGAAUGACCAUCCAAAUGAAUUUUCAAAUGAACAAUGCUAUAUUGUCUUUGUGCAAGCUGAUGGUGGGAGAGAUCUUGAAAAAUUUGCUUUGCUUGACUACAAUGAAGCUCGCAGUUUACUGGUUCAAGUCACUGUUUCUUUAGCUGUAGCUGAAAGUGCAUGCGAAUUUGAACAUCGAGAUUUGCACUGGGGUAACAUUCUAUUGGAUCGAGAUGAAACGCAAGAUAAGAAUCAUAAAAUGGGCUUCACUCUUCAAGGGAAAAAGAUGUGUACUAGAACUUUUGGUUUGAACGUCUCAAUAAUUGAUUUUACGCUUUCUCGGAUCAAUACAGGUGAUGCCAUUCUCUUUCUAGACCUGUCAGCGGACCCUGUCUUGUUUGAAGGACCAAAACGAGAUAAGCAGGCAGAAACAUAUCGGAAAAUGAAGCAGAUUACCCAUGAUUAUUGGGAGGGCAGCUUCCCAAAGACAAAUGUCGUAUGGCUAAUCUAUCUUGUUGAUAUCGUGCUACAGAAGAGAUACUCCACAUUUACGUCCAAGGACGACAGGGAGCUUCGAGCUUUUAAGAAACGCCUGGCCAAGUAUGAUUCCGCUCGAGAUUGUCUCGCUGAUUCUUUCUUCAGUGACCUGCUGUCCGAGGAGGAUUCACAGCAAUCUGCAGCUGGAUCCGUGAGCUGACAUUGCUCUCCUCUCCAUAGAUUACCAUAGAGUUCAGGGUUUUAUGUCCUCUCCAUACAUCUAGGAUCCUUGCAUUUCUAACAUAUAAUAGUAUGAUUAUGCUUUGCUGAAACGAACUUGUUAUUUUCCAGUUUUGUAAGACC